AUGCAGAUCAUUCGUUCUUCCUUUUUGGCGUUUUCUGCGCAUGUUUUCCUACUUUCUCGUCUCUACAUGCCCCAACCCUCCCCUUCGAUCGACUGGCCCACACGAGCAAUGUUUUCGAGGACCCUGCCACGAACGCUGGUCGUUUCUUCGCUGGACGAGUGUCGCUUCUCCGCGGGACGAGGGUCGCUUCUUCGCGGGACGAGGGUCGCUUCUCCACGGGACGAAGUUCGGUUCUCC